UUUUCAGUAUGCGUAGCUUUAGUGACGGUUUUAUCAGCAGUCGGAAUCUGCGAAAGAUGCAGAGUGGAAAGUGGUGGAGUAUAUUUCCUACUUUCCCAUGUUUUGGGGUCGAGAUUUGGAGGAUCUAUUGGUCUACUUUAUUGUUUUGGUCAGGCAGUUGGUUGUGCAUUAAAUGUACUUGGUUUCGGUGAGUCAAUGGCAGGAUUAGUGAAUUUGGAGGCGGAUCCAUGGGUGCAGAGGGGCUUUGCCUGUGCUGCUGUUAUAUUUUUAUCAGUCAUAAAUGUCGCCGGUGUCAAAUGGGUCAUUAAACUUCAGUUUAUACUCCUGCUUAUUCUACUGUUGGCUGGCGUUGAUUUCGUCGUUGGCAGUUUUACACACGUCGAGCCUGAUGCCGGAUUUGAAGGUUGGCUAUCCGGAAACUUGCGGAACAACACAUUUUCUGCAUACGAGAAGGGCUGCAGUUGGUUCACAGUAUUUGGUGUAUUUUUUCCCACUGUGACUGGAGUUUUAGCUGGAAUAAAUAUGAGUGGUGAUCUCCGGCAUCCCUCGAAAGAUAUUCCCAAUGGCACACUGGCGGCUCUCGGGGCGGGGACAAUUCUUUAUCUGCUGUUUUCACUCUUCUUGGCAGCGACUUGCACGAGAUCGAUGUUGUUAAAUGAUUUCAUGAUUGCAUCGACUGUAUCAGAAUUUAAAGUACUUUUACUCGCUGGAUUGUAUGUUUCUUCAUUCAGCAGCUGUUUGGGGGCGAUGUAUGGGACUCCUAGGGUUCUUCAAUCUAUUGCUGGACAAAAUGUUAUUCCUGGGAUGAGUUGUCUAUCACGUGGGGUCCCAGACAAGAAGCGAAUACUCGAAGCUAGGAACUCGCUCACGAAAUUUGAAUUCAAAAUAUUCAAACGGGUUCUAGGAGCACCAGUCAUGGGUGUCGAUGAGGAUAACAAAAGUUCCAUUCUGGAUGCCCUGAAGGAAAUCAGGGACAAACUUCACGCUAAGCCUGACAAAAGGACAUGUCCUCUAAUUACCACUAAGGACACGAUAAAGCAGAUUAUUCACAAAGUUACGGAGGAGGCGAAAGGUGAAAUUAUCCGUCUCUCCAGUGAGCUCGAUGGUAAACUGGCUGAGUACAGAUCCAGUGAUAGAGAGAAGUGGACCUUCCUGGAGGAUGUACUGAAGCAUAUCGAGAAAUCACAAGCCAACAGCUUGACUAAUUCUGAGGAUAUAAAGAGUUUAAUCCACGAAUAA